AUGUCCCUUCGCGUCCAAGGAACUAUGGCAUAUACCUCGUCCAGCUCAGAAAACAGUCUCCUAAACAAGCUGGCUUGGUCCAGGAAGAACAAGUUCCUAGGUCAGCUACACCGUAGCAUGACCUCGAAAUUCUCGUCUCCGCCGGAUCGCGACAGCUCCACCGGUGGCGGCCAGCAAGCUGCUUUUUCCUCGCCCUCCGCUCGGCAGAGCAGGGACGGGGCGGCUUCCCAUGCUGGUCGUCCCAGACCUUCUACAGCUACUUCCCGCGGCGGCUUCGCCAGCGAUGAACGGUCGACACAGGAUGGGAUGACCGACUACAUGUAUGAAGAAGACGCCGACGAGGAAGCAGAAGAAGCACGACACGGCAGCAAGAGUGGAAGCGAUAUUGAGGUUGAUGAUAUCACGGACGCGCCGCGAUCACCAAAAUCGACACCAAACAUUAACAAGUCACCAGAAAGACCACCACCUCCACCACCAAAACACAAAAAGAAGACCCUACCCGAAGACCCAGCUUAUGUUGCGCCCAUAGGCAAGAUUGGGCCAAUAGGGAGCAUCCCCAAAAUCCCUUCCCGCAGCAACAGUGAAAAGGGCGGCAUCUCCGUCUCUCCCUCCUCGCGCCCCCAACUUCCUCCCUACAUCGGCUCCUACCUCAAAGGCAAAACCGUCGACGAAUACGGGGAUAUCAUUGAUCCCCAAACGGGCACAAUCCUCGCUCACGCCGGAGGCGAUUUACCUUCGAUUGUGGGCAGGCAAGUGUCCAACGACCAGGGGGAUAUCUUGGGGGAUGAGGGGGAGUUGCUGGGAUAUGUGGCUGAUGUUGAGGUUGGGAAGAAGACUGCUUCUCCCGAGGAAGCAGCACCAAAACCGAUGAUGAGUCUUGCAGAGGUUAUGAGCAGAAACAACACGGCGUGGAUGGUGGAUCAUGAUGGUAAUAUUUUGGACGCGCAGGGGAAUGUGGUGGGAAUGUUUUUGGAUCAUAACAAUCCUGGAGAGAGAGGAGGAAGGGGGGUACCUGUGCCACACUAUGAAGAGGCUGACAAGGAUGAGAAAGAAGGAGCUGCCGAGGAAGAGCCGCAACGCGAACAAUCAAGACCACCGAGGAGAACGGAAGAAGAGAGGAGGGCCAACGCGGCUGCGUGGAGAAAGGAGAAUCCGGGGGAGAGCCCCUCGGACAUCUUUCUGGAUGUCAAGUCGACGACGGAGGGGAUUCAGUUGACGAUUAGGAUCCCCACUGUGUUUGGGAAUGGGCAGCAGUUGAAGCCAAACAUUUCGUUUUCUUGA